GAGGGUGCUGCAGCACCAUCUGGAAAAUCGGAGGAUUUUUUUGUUCUUCUACUAGUCCUGUAUUAGUGGACGGAUAUAACUGUCUGUAAGAAAAUAAAUGUUCUGAUUUCCUUAUAUUAACGGUAACUUGUAAAAUAGUUGCAUGUUACAUUUAUUUUUGUUCAGUGUAAUUUAUUUAGUGUUUUAUAUUUGUAUGUUUUAAUCUGGGAUGCUGUAUUAAGCUGUUUAGCGGCUUACAUGAUUUGAAAUGCCUGUCCCUGAUGUUGUGGGGGCCUCUGGACAGAUGUCAAAUGACGCACAAUAUGCAGUUUCACAUUUAUAAUUCCAAAUUAAAUACAUUAAAUGUGAAGGAAUAGGAUGAUAUCCAAACGUAUCGAGUAGUAUGCGCUGAUUUAGCUCCCAAUAAUGGAUUAUACAAUACUCAGUUGUGUAGUUAGUCCUUUAUGAUAUAAUUCAGUUUGACCUAUGCUCUAUCACAUGCUAUUGUGGAUGGUGUUGGCACAUCCUUGUUAUGUUCUACAUUUUCUCUCGUUACACUUGGGUGAGAAACUGCAGUUCUGUUAUGACUGUUUGUAAGUCUCUGUCCUGUACUCAAACCAGUUUCUUUUCAGUUUUCCAGGGGAGUGUUUGUUUUAUUUAAAUCUAGGUUAAGAAGCAUCUUCUUGUCCAUUCCUUUAGCUCUUUGGAUGGGGAAUAAGAGUUUAUUAUAAAGAAAAGUAGAUUUACUGAAGAUUUCAUGCAACAACUAAAAAAGCCACUCAUUGUCGCCUGCUGGAAUCCCUAGAAGUCCCAUCCCACCUAUAUUUUUUGACAUCAUCCUUUAUGAAGCUGACAAAAAAAAAGAAAUUCUCUCAAAGCCUCUUUUCUUUCUCCUGCUAGUCUUUUUGGAUGAUUUGCUGGGAGUGCAAUCCCUCACUUCUCUCACAUUAUUCCCCCCAUUCUUGCACCAUCCAUCUGUAAUGCUUAGCAGUCUGGCUGGAAAGAGUCAGAAGGAAGGUCGUAGGACGACAAGUGUCUCUGGACCUCCCCUUUCCUUCUUAUCUCACGGAUCGAGUGUUCCUUCAGGACCAUGAUAGUCACGGAGACACCCUAUUAGAAGUGCUUGAGGAAGGGAGGAAUCUUCUCAGCCACGCCAGCCCAGGGAGAGUCCUGUUGGCCCUGAAGAGAACACCCCUGACCCGGAAGUGAAUCCAGUCCACCAGCCUGAACAUGACUAACCAUGGAGAUGACUGCUAUUUCUUCUACUACUCCAACUGUGCUAAAGGUGAUCGCUGCCCCUUCAGACACUGUGAUGCCGCCAAGGGCAGUGAGGUUGUCUGCAGCCUGUGGCAGGAGAGCCGCUGCUUCCGACAGGUCUGCAAGUUCCGCCACAUGGAGAUUAAGAAAAACAGGAAGGAGAUGGCGUGUUACUGGGAGAACCAGCCUGCUGGCUGCCAGAAGCCUCACUGUGCGUUCCACCAUGAGAAACCACACUUCAUAGACGGCCAAUACGUACCGCCUAACAAAAGUUUCGCCCUGAAAGAGGAAGAGGAGCCUCAUGAGGAUCCUUUGCCUCCUGUCUCUGCCCCGAUCCCAGUCAACCCCCAGCUCCGUGGGGUCAUUAAGGCGGAGACACAGGAGAACGUUCCCAGCCCGACCCACCCGCCUGUGGUCAUCAAUCCGGCAGAUGAUGAUGAGGAUGAAGAUGAUCAGUUCUCAGAGGGGGAGGACAGCAGGUACGGCUCAGACGGAUCCAGAGUGGUCUCUCCCAGGAAGAUGGCCGUGGCCUCCAACUCCGAUGACUCGCUCAACUUUGGUGUCAGAACCUUGGAGGAGAUCAGACUGAGGAAAGCCCUGAAAGCCAGUAUGAGGAUAGCUGGUUAUCCAGUUCCUGGCCAGGGCUCAGACCAGAGAAACAACGGCAUGAGCAGCGAGAAGGAGAACAUGAAAUCCUUUAUCCGUCCAUCUCUCUUCACAGCUAAGGAUGAAGUUCCUGCCGAGGGUGACAUCCCAAUGAACCGCCGUCUGGCCGAGCGCCUCGGAAGGAACAUGGAGGAGGAUGAAAUGGACCUGCCGCCUCGGAAAGCUGUGAAACCUGUCAGGGACAGACUGGGAUUACCUGUUGAACCCAUUGCUGCAUCUGAAUCAGCUGAGAGCAACAGCAAGACUACAGCGUCUGAAGUAAUCCGCAUCAAAACCCUGGAGGAGAUUAGGCAUGAAAAGUUAGCCAAGACUCAGGGUCAAGGGGACGACCAUCGUCCUUCAGUCCCUGAUACCACCGCUUCCAAGGCCUCAAAGAGAAGUGCCGCUGUCAAAUCUGCAGCUGGUCUUCAUGUGAAGACCUUUUCUGAGAUCCUCCACGCCAAGAGGAAGCUGGAGGAAGACCAGGGGCCCAGCCUCAGGAAGACCAAGCUGCUGGCUGUGGAAGCAGCUUUGGGUAACUCCCAGAGACCCCCAGAGCCAGCCAUGCCCAUGCGGGUGGUCCCUCCUGGGGGAAGAGUUAAGGUGAAGACCCUGGAGGAAAUCCGCAGGGAGAAGGCAGCCAGGAUGCAGGCCUUGGGACAGGAGGCGUCUAACGGGAAAAUCCCAGGCUCUGCCCUGGCCUCCAAAGAGGAAGGUGCCAAGAAGUCCUGCAUACUGCGUAUCAACAAACCAGCUUCUGCUGCCAUUACUACCACCCAGAAGACAUCCGAGGUGACCAAGAAGGAGAAGCCAGCUGAGCCUGCUGCUGUUGCUACUGAGGCCACCCCUGCUAACGGUAGCAGCGUGAAUGUGAAGACCUUUGAGGAGAUCAUGCAUGAGAAGAGGCUUCGCAGGCAACGGCUGCAGGAGGAGCAGGCCUCGUCCACCAGCCACUCAGAGCAGGCCUCGUCCACCAGCCACUCAGAGCAGGCCUCGUCCACCAGCCACUCAGAGCAGGCCUCGUCCACCAGCCACUCAGAGGGCUUCGCCAAGGCUGAAUCUACCCAGAAACAGGCCGGAGGCCCUGCCCCCCAGAGGGAGAAGAGGGUGUGGGUGAGCCCCUCUGCCGCCUCCUCACACCCCACCAUCACCCUGGAGGCACCUGCCCAGGCUCCCAAGGCCCCCUCCCCUCUGCUCUGUGCCACCCUAUCCCCCCAACAGGGGACUCCACUAAGGCAGGCCGAACCAGACUCCCCCUCCCUCAGCCCCAGGAGCUUCAGCACUGCCCCAGGCAAGAGGGAGAGAGGCUCCCCAGGAGGUUCCAGUCCCCCCAAGCAGGCUGCCUUAGCAUCAGCUACCUCCCCUAGGACCUCUGUGGAAGAGGCUCCAGUUGAGAAGGCUGGGCAAGCUACUGAAGCUAAAGUGAGGCCCAAGCUGAACGUGAGGCCUUCUGUGAUAAAGCCGGCUGCCCAGGUAAAGCCAGGCCAGAAAAGGAGAGCAGCAGAAAGAUCUGCUGUUGCUGCAGUCAAACCCCUCAACUGCACCUCCACAGCACAGGACGAGCCACCGCAGGAGCUGCCCUGCAAACUGAGAGAGGUGUCCUUUCCCUCCUCCAGAAUACAGGCCCAAAUAAGUCCGAUGGUUCCUAGGAGUCCUCCCACUAUCCCGGGCCUGGGCCGCAGCUCCAGUCCCCUGAGAGAGGAGUUCCAGGUGGUCCCUGUCAAACAGCACAGCCCAGCCAUCCCCACAGCAGCCCCAGAUACCUACAUAGUCCCACAAAGUUCUUUGGUGAAGACGCCCACCCAGCCCAAGACUCGGCGGUCCACUGUUAGCUCCUCCGCCAUGGACGAAUUUGACGAACUGAUGAUCGAGUUCACAGAUGACCGUCUGGAAGACGACUUGGAGCUGGACCCCGGCAAGGGAGAGGACGACUACCUGCUGGAGCUGUCUGAGAUGAUUGACAGCUAGACUGGCCUACCUGCUAAACCAAUCACGACCCCUGGCCGACCCUUGACCUUGGGUAACGCUUAUGUUCAUGUCACCUGAUACCUUAUACCCCGUUCACAACCCCUGACCGACCCUUGACCUUGAGUAACGCAAAUAUUCAUGUAACCUGAUACCCCAUUCAUGAGCCCUGACUGACCCUUGACCUAGAGUAACUCCUACAUUCAUCACCACCAAUAGAAUUUCACCACCGGAACUAAUCAAAAACCCUCAGUCAACCACCUGAACUAACACCAGUUGAACUUUAACCUACCAGACAAACUUGCAGGGCAUCAAUGUUACUGAAGAUCCCCAACCACCUUCACCAUCUCUCAGCCCAUUUCAUGAUAGUAGACUGGUUGCUCGCGCAAACAUGUCAGAGGGGACUUAUGUUAAUUAAAGAAAAAAUAAAAUGCAUUGUAUUUUACAUUUUUAGAUGGUAUUGUUUUUACUCUUUACUAUUUAAUUCAUGGUUACCUUUUUGUCCUGGGAAAAUGAUCCUUUAUGUAUUUUAAUUUCUGUACCUUUUUGAUUAUUUGACACUAGUAGUGAUAUACUCGUCUAAGGGUUUUAUUUUUUUUUGUCUUUCCUUUUUUUGUCCCGAAAGAUAACAUGGAAAAAGCUAACAUUUUGUUGAAUGACAUACAAAUAUAUUUUUCAAACAUCCUCAGGAAUUACCAUCUUGCAUUUUAAGGACGAGCUUGUGGUCUUAACCUGCCAGGCCUGUCACCCAUGGGGCGGCAGGUAGCCUAGUGGUUAGAGCAUUGGACUAGUAACCGAAAGGUUGCAAGAUCGAAUCCUGAGCUGACAAGGUAAAAAUCUGUUGUUCUGCCCUUGAACAAGGCAGUUAACCCACUGUUCCUAGGCCGUCAUUGAAAAUAAGAAUUUGUUCUUAACUGACUUGCCUAGUUAAAUAAAGGUAAAAAAAUAAAAAUGUAUCAUUGUUUGUUGCAUACACAGACUGAAUCUGUGUAUGCUUAGACUGCUUUAAAUGGAAGAGCUACAAUAACUAACUGUUGUAGCAGGGUGUCAGACUGCUGCUGCAAUUCCAAUCUUUAGCCUGCUCCUGCGUUUGCCUUGAGCUCAUGUCUACUGUCAGACUGACGCUCCAAAAAUCAUGUACAAAGUUUUGUUCACCUAAAGUUCUGAACUGAUAAAAUGGUAAAUGUAAAGUGGUUGUGGGAACUUUGAGUUAGCUAUAUUUGAGAUGAACUAAAUGAAAAUAUGGGUUGAAGUAUGAAGUGAAUGUUUACCCUCAAGUAUUUGGACCUAAAAGUAAGAUUUGUUUUUCAGUUUCGUAUUACAUAAGUUAACUUUGGAAUUAGUCCCUUUUUAAAUACAACUACCAUCUUCCUCUAGCUUCGCCUACCUAUUUUUCCCCCCCUUUUUUAUUUGUAUUGUACAUUGGUCAACACACCAUUUUGGACAAUGUUUUAAACCUACCCAAUUAUUUGACUGAACAAUUCAACACAGUUGAAUAUGAAACAUUACACACUGUUUAACAUCCAGCCUGCUCUUUGUUCAACCUUUUGUUACAAAUAGUGUUUUCUAGUCUUAAAAUGUGAAAAAGCAGCUUCUCAGGGACUAUGAAUCUGCUGUAUGACUUUGAACCUAUUUGUAAUGUUCAUACACCAUGUCUGAAUUCAACUGACGCUUUCCACUUUCCUCUGCUAGCAUGUGACAACUGGCCGGAGUACCAGUUGGUCCUGUCCCAUGUCAACUGCGAUCAGAUAUCUGCUGAUCCGAGUUGGAUGAUGAGCCUGUUGGUUGUGUAUCUGUACCUGCUUGAGCCUGUUCUGAUGUAAAUGUCUAAAGGGUGUUGUACAUAAUAAAAAGGCUUUCAUGACAAGUUGCUAUUC